GUAGCUUCCAAAUUAAAACUCACUAGUUUUAAUUUCUUCAAUGGAAAGUAAACAUGUUCAUCAAAAAAUCGCUGCAAUGAGGCAAUCCUUCUUUGAUGAGGAGGUUUUAGACGAAAAAUUUUCUCAACUGGAGCAGCUAGAGGGUAAAGAUAACCCCAACUUUGUUGAAGAGGUGUUUACCAUGUACUUCAGGGACUCCACUGCAUUUCUAGAAACUAUUGAGCAGGCAAUGAAAACUAUCCCUAUUGAUUCAAUAAAAGUGGACAACAUCCUGCAUCAGCUCAAGGGCAGCAGUGCCAGUGUUGGUGCUAAUAAAGUACUAAAAGAGGUCAACAAAACAAGACAAGUUUUAGGGAAAGGAAACCUGGAAGGGACAAAAGCUGGCAUCUUGGAGCUGCGAAAGGAGUAUGACAGUUUCAAAGCCAAGCUUGAACCCUACUUUCAGCUGAAGCAAGCAAACUCAGUGGCCCAAGAGAAGUGAUCAUAUGCGGGAGCUGAAAUAGAAGAUGGCAUUCCCUGCAAAUCCACCAUUUUAAUGUUAUAGAGUCUUUUUACAAUAAAUAUUUGUUAGCUUUAUGUUGAUUUCUGAAGUUUCAGUUUCUAGAUUUUGGAUCUACACAAGAUUUGUACAAGCUCUGUGUAGAUUUCUAUUUCCUUGCAUAAUAAAAAGGAUGCCUUCUACAA